CUUCCUUUUUCUCUCUCUCUUCAGUUAUAAUCCUACGAAAACUCUUCACACGCCGCCUCACUUCACUUUCACUUCCUCUGUGUUUUUCACAAUUCAAGAAAAUCUCCCUUUUUGUUUGAUUUUUUAGUAAUCUUGAAAAAUCAAGAAAAGCCUUUUCCUUGUGAAUUCAUAGUAUGAUCAAUUCCAUGGCAUUAUUGUUACUGUGAUUAAAGAAACAGUCUCCUGAGGUGGAUGAACAUUGCUCACUUAGUGACUAGUGAAGAGUAAUCUUGAUGCUGCCUAUUGUUAGGGAAAUGGAGAAUGGAGUAAAUGAGCUGGAAAAUGAUGAGUUUGAGAAACUUCUCGGGGAGAUUCCAAAUGUUACUUCUGGGAAUUCAUAUCCUGAGGAAUCUGGAGCUAUCAAUUGCCCAAAAGAUCAGAAGUUGGUAUCCUCAAAUGGGGCUUUGGCUCUGGAUAGGUCGAAGAGCAUUGGUGUUAGUGAGCGAUAUCAAACCAAUGGGAUCUUAGGUGAGCUAAAAGAAUUUGGUAACCGAGUCCAAACACCAACGAAAAAGAGGUUUGAGUCAGAAGAAAUAAAUUUACCAAAUGAACAGGCUAUAACAUCGGCAUUUGCUGAGUUGCAUGUAAAAGAUGGCGACUUGUUAGACUCUGCAGCUCCUCUGGCCAGUUCUACGCCGUUGCUGAACCAUUUAGCUGUUGUGAAUGGACAACGCAAAAAUGGCUUAGGUAAAAUCCCUUCGAAUUUGGAUUCCAAAGUGGUAGUUGUUCCCUCUCCAAGAACACCAAAUAAUCUACCGACUGCUUUUAAUGGUUUUAGUCCUAUUGGAGAAAAUUAUGGGCACCAGAGUGGAUAUGUACAUAGAAUGGAGAACAUAUCUGCAGCUGUACCAUUACCUCCUGGAGUACAAGGUGUUCACCUACUUCCACCAAUUCAUCCGGUAGAUAUUCCAGUAAUUUCCAAUCAACAACAUUAUUUCUUGGAUGUUACUUCACCUGUUCAUUACUUCCACUCACAAAUCAAUCGGCCCCACGGAGCUUGUCGACAAGAGGAACAACAUUAUUUCUUAUAUAUGCAGCAGCUCCGAAAUCAACAGUUGGACAGUCAGCGUCCAAUUCAACCAAAUGGGAUGAUAACAAGUAGAGCAAUCAAUAGUAGCCCCCGGCCACCAUUCAUGGAGAUGCCCAUAGCUCACGUCAACCAGCAAGUUUCAAGGAGUAUAAGCCCGUUAAAUCCCCUGUUUUGCUCCGUGGGUUCUGAUGCACAAGGUCUGGACAAAGCAGAGAAACAAUAUUUUCCUGAAAGAAUGUUAAGACGAUCGCAUGGAUUGGAGCCAGUCAAGUCAGCUAAAUUUGGUUCUUUUGGAGGUAAUCAUUGUCUUUCAAAUAUGAACCGAAAUAGAAGAGUUUUACCCGCUGCUUAUCCGAAGCGGGGUUUCUAUGCUCCAAGUAUGGAAUCUCGCUUGGAUUGUCUAGAUUCAAGAAGCUAUUCUCCUGAUGCUGUUGAUCUCAAAUUUCAUCGGAGGUCACAAUCUCAAGAGUAUAAUUUAAUUGAUGAUUUUGCUGGAAGAAUAUAUCUCAUGGCGAAGGAUCAAAAUGGAUGCCGCUUCUUGCAAAGGAAAUUUGCAGAAGGAACUUCAGAAGACGUUGAAAAGAUUUUUCCUGAGAUUAUUGCUCAUAUUGUGGAGCUCAUGAUUGACCCCUUUGGCAAUUACCUUGUUCAAAAGCUUCUUGAGGUGUGCAAUGAGGAUCAGCGAAUGCAGAUACUUCGUGCAAUCACUAGAAAAGCUGGGGAUCUUGUAAUGAUUUCAUGUGACAUGCACGGGACCCGAGCUGUGCAAAAAGUUAUUGAAACGCUUAAAACACCUGAACAGUUUUCCAUGAUUGUGUCCUCAUUGAAACCCGGUUUAGUGAAUUUAAUCAAGGACAUGAAUGGAAACCAUGUUGCACAGCGGUGCUUGCAAUACUUAACACCUGAAUAUAGAGAAUUCCUGUUUGAAGCUGCUAUUACCAAUUGUGUUGAACUUGCAACAGAUCGUCAUGGUUGUUGUGUGCUUCAGAAAUGUCUUAGCCAAUCUGAUGGUGGACAAAGGCAUCGACUCAUCUAUGAGAUCACUUCUAACGCUUUAGUUCUUUCUCAAGAUCCAUUUGGGAAUUAUGUUGUGCAAUAUAUUUUUGAUAUUGGUAUUCCUUGGGCAACAGCAGAUAUCUUUGACCAGCUGCGGGGUAAAUAUGCGGACCUUUCUAUGCAAAAAUACAGCAGUAAUGUUGUCGAGAAAUGCCUGAAGCAUGCGGAUGAAGAACGUUGUUCAUAUAUUAUUGAGGAGCUGAUAAGUGAUCCUCGACUAGACCAGAUCAUGCAGGAUCCAUAUGGAAACUAUGUUAUCCAAGCUGCUCUGAAUAUCUCAAAGGGAGCUCUGCGUGCUGCACUAUUGGAGGCCGUGAGAGCCCAUGUUCCUAUUCUUCGGACCACUCCUUAUGGGAAGAAGGUCCUCUCAUGCAAUAGUCUUAAAAAAUAAGUUGCAGACAGACCGUGUAAUUUAUGUGGAGAAAUAAAGCAGGACAAAACAUGCCCUAAAGUUGUCUCCGUAGGCUGGGCAGCCCGUAUCCACAAGUUUUUUGAGGUUUGGAAGGAAGUGGUACUUUCGUCGCUCAUUUUGAGUACACGUUACCGCCUUUUUGAAAAUUUCUUCUAUUUUAUGGGUUCUAAACCAUAUUUUUCUUUGAAGGAACUAAAAAACUUUUGUAUAUUUUGCUAAUGCCUUUCCUUCCACACCACCUUUUAUGUGCUCACUGUGAAAGUGAGAAGAGGAACUUGAUAUUGUAGAAAUAAUCAAUUUUGAAGGUGUAUAAUUAUGCUUGGAUGUUUUCAGGAGGGAUUCUUCUAUAAUAAUCAAUUCUAUUUAUUCAUU